GAAAAAUAUGCACGUGCGAGCUGGCGAUUAAAGCAUCUGCAGAGACUGAUCCGUGGGCAAAGCUGACUCUGACACUUGGGGGAAACCCCAAAGCUGCCGCGUUUGAAGAAAGAUGGAUUGCGCUCCAAGCCAACAAGUGGAUUUUAUAUUGUCUUUUUUCCCCUCUCUCGUUUUAAACCGUCCACCUCCUCCUCCUCCUCCUCCUCCUCUCCACCACCUCCUGGAAAAGUGGGGUGGGGGAAUCGAGAGAAAAGACAGCGAUCCCCGGAGCUGGCGGCUGACUAUGGAAGAGCAGACGGACAGUCCAAGUCAGCGUGAGUCUGCUCCAACUCCGUCCGGCAACCACCACCACCACCACCAUCACCACCACCACCACCACCACAGUAACAGCAGCAGCAGUAACGGCGGCAGCAGCAGCAGCGAUGGAGAGAGCGUUCCGGUGUCGCCCAGCAGCCACGCUCCCUUGUCGCCGGCCGCGCCUUGCCUCGUGCCUCUGCCCCACCACCCGCACCACCAUCACCAUCAUCCCCAGCAGCAGCAGGCGCCUCCGCCUCCCCAGCAGCAGCAGCAGCAGCAGCGACCGCCGCCGCCGCCGCCGCCACCGCCGCCCCAGCAGCAACAACAACAGCCGCAGCAGCAGCAGCAGCAGCAGCAGCAUCGCACCACCAACUUUUUCAUCGACAACAUCCUGAGGCCGGACUUUGGCUGCAAGAAAGAGCAGCUCUUGAUCCUCGCCGGGACUGCGGGAGGAGGAGGAGGAGGAGGUGGCGGCGGCGGCGGCGGCGGCGGCGGCCGGGAUAGAGACCUAGACCGCGCGGCCAGCUCAGGUAGAGAAAAUGUCAACCCUCUGCUCGGCAGGCCCCCCAACCCGGCCUCCUCUCUCCUUAGCGCGGAUUCGCACGGGAACCCCGAGCGCUCCUCCACGGCCUCCAAGGCGAGCCCCGCCACGGCGGCAGCAGCGGUAGGGACGGCCAAGCCCCCCUCCUCCACCUCCUCCUCCUCCUCUUCCUCCUCUUCCUCCUCCUCCUCCUCCUGCUCGGAAGGGAGUGGAACUAACCCGGCGAAGUAUGGGGAGCACGCCAACCCCGCCAUCCUCCUCAUGGGCUCCAAUAAUGGAGGAGCCGUUGCCAAGAGCGAUGGUCAACAGCCGCUGGUUUGGCCGGCCUGGGUUUACUGCACUAGGUAUUCAGACAGACCGUCCUCGGGUCCCCGCACGAGGAAGCUGAAGAAGAAAAAGAACGAGAAAGAAGACAAGAGGCCCCGGACCGCUUUCACCGCGGAGCAACUCCAAAGACUCAAGGCGGAGUUCCAGGCGAACCGCUACAUCACCGAGCAGAGGCGGCAGACUUUGGCCCAGGAGCUCAGCCUCAACGAAUCGCAGAUCAAGAUCUGGUUCCAGAAUAAGCGGGCCAAAAUCAAGAAGGCCACCGGCAUCAAGAACGGCCUCGCCCUUCACCUUAUGGCGCAGGGACUCUAUAACCAUUCCACCACCACCGUGCAAGACAAAGAAGACAGCGAAUGAGCUUCGGCUCCCACAGACCUUGGGCUUUUUUUGUUUUUUGUUU